UGUGUGUGUGUGUGUGUGUGUGUGUGUGUGUGUGUGUGUGUGUGUGUGUGUGUGUGUGUGUGUGUGUGUGUGUGUGUGUGUGUGUGUGUGUGUGAGAUGUCACUGGAGUCAUGCCAGCCCACAGCAGCCCAAGUAAACAAUCCCAGCGUGCUCAGCAAACGUUCUCUAACCUCCACUUCCUCUUCUCUAUACCCCCCCUCUCUCUUUCUCUCUCUUACCGUCACCUCCACCACUCUCUUCUCUUCCGCUUCCGGAUUAGCUGCUGUCUUUCUUGAUUCUUCUUUAUUUUUCAUGUUAUUAGUAAAAAUAGCAGCAUUCUAGCGUUGUCAUGAAUGCCAGUAAAUGGCUGCCCUGGAAGAAGCGUGCCCUUUUCAAGAGGAAAGGAAGGCAGGCUUGUGGUCCACUGAUGGAUGAGCAUGAUUCUGUACAGAAGAAAACUUUCACCAAAUGGCUGAAUGCACAGUUCUCCAAGGCUGGGAAGACGCCAAUCAAAGACAUGUUCUCCGACCUGAGAGAUGGACGGAAGCUUCUGGACCUGCUGGAGGGACUCACAGGCACUGCCCUGACCAAAGAGCGAGGGUCCACCCGGGUACAUGCCCUCAACAACGUCAACAAAGUGCUCCAGGUCUUGCAUCAGAGCAACGUGGACCUGGUCAACAUCGGUGGGACGGACAUAGUGGAUGGAAACCGUAAGCUGACUCUGGGCCUCAUCUGGAGCAUAAUCCUCCACUGGCAGGUGAAAGACAUCAUGAAGGACAUCAUGUCCAACCUGCAGCAGACCAACAGUGAGAAGAUCCUGCUGAGCUGGGUGCGCCAGUGCAGCGCCGCGCGCGCAGACGUCAACGUGCUCAACUUCACCACCAGCUGGGCUGACGGCCUGGCCUUCAACGCCAUCCUGCACCGCUUCAGACCCAACGUGUUCAGCUGGGAGCAGGUGGUCCGCAUGAGCCCCGUGGAGCGACUCGACCACGCCUUCACCGUCGCCAAAGACCAGCUGGCCGUGGACCGGCUCCUGGACCCAGAAGACGUGGCGGUGCAGCUGCCCGACAAGAAGUCCAUCAUCAUGUACGUGACGUCGCUGUUCGCCGUGCUGCCCCACGACGUCACCAUGGAGGCCAUCCGCGAGGUGGAGACCCUGCCCCGCCGCUACAAGAGCGAGGACGGCCCCCCCGCCGGCCUCAGCCCGCAGGGCCUGGGCUGGGCUCCGACGGAGCAGGCCGGGGGUGGCCCCGGCCUCUCGAUGGAGUACGGCGGCGAGGAGGUGGAGGUGGAGGUGGAGGAGGCGCUGGAGGAGGACGAGGAAGAGGAGGAGGAGGGGAUCCUGCAGGAGGUGGACCUGGACAGCUACCAGGCCACGCUGGAGGAGGUGCUGACCUGGCUGCUGUCGGCCGAGGACACGCUGCACAUGCAGGACGAGGUGUCGGACGACGUGGAGGAGGUCAAGGACCAGUUCCACACGCACGAGGCCUUCAUGAUGGAGCUGACGGCGCACCAGAGCAGCGUGGGUAAUGUGCUUCAGGCGGGCAACCAGCUGAUCGCCCAGGGCAACCUGGCGGUGGAGGAGGAGGACGAGAUCAGGGAGCAGAUGACCCUGCUGAACUCCCGCUGGGAGAGCCUCCGCGUGGCUAGCAUGGACCGGCAGGCCAGACUUCACGAGGUCCUGAUGGAUCUGCAGCAGCAGCAGUUGCAGCAGCUCUCUGAUUGGCUGACGCAGACGGAGGACCGCAUCAAGAAGAUGGAGUCGGAGCCGGUGGCGGGUGACGUGGACGGCUACAAGGAGCAGAUAGAGCUGCAUAAAGAGCUGCAGAAUGACCUGGAGGCGGAGCAGGUGAAGGUCAACUCUCUGACUCACAUGGUUGUGGUGGUGGAUGAGAACAGUGGCGAGAGCGCCACCGCUGCCCUGGAGGAGCAACUACAAUCCCUUGGGGAGCGCUGGGCGGCCGUGUGCCGCUGGACCGAGGAGCGCUGGCACAAGCUGCAAGAGGUACUUCUGGUGUGGCAGCAGCUCCUGGAAGACCAGAGCUUCUUCAGCGCAUGGCUGACGGAGAAAGAGCAAGCAUUGGGUGAUGUCCAGACCAGCAGCUUCAAGGACCACAGUGAGAUGAACGCCAACGUGAGGAGGCUAGCGAGCCUGAAGGAGGACAUGGAGCUGAAGCGGCGGACCCUGGACCAGCUGUCUGAGGCCGGGCAGGACGUGGAGUCGCUGCUGCGGAGCCCCGCCGCCGGGGCCACCAUUCAGGGGACCACCGAAGACCUGACCCUGAGAUGGGACAGCCUGGUCCAGACGCUGGAGGACUGCUCCUUCCAGGUAAUGGAGGCCGUGGCCAGCUCCGGGGGGACUGAGGUGGAAGGACAGUACGUUGUGGAUACGGUUGCCAUGGCAGCAGCAUCAUCAUCAUCAUCAUCAUCAUCCUCGUUUGUCGACCAGGACUCAGCCCAGCCCGCUAAGAAAAGAAUGAUGGAGACCGAUGUGGAAGACAGACUGGAGCUGGAAGGUAACCUGUCUGCUCUGCUGAGCUGGAUGACAACGUGGACCUCCUCCGCCCAGACCCUGGGGUGUGUGCACACCAGUGCGCCGGGCGACCCCGCAGAGCUGCACGGCGACAUGAAGUCUCUGUUGUCCAAUCAACAGUCUCUGGAGCUGCAGUUGGCCUCCAAGGAGGCUCUGAUUGGCCAAGUGACUCAUGAGGGGCGGCGCCUGGUAGACCAGCUGGAAAGAGAGGGCGCGAGCGCCGACUCCCUGCGCUCGGACGUGGACCUGCUCCAGGCCCAGCGGGACGCCUGCUCCCGGGAGCUCCAGGCGGCCAGGGAGCGGGUGCGGGUCCAGAGCAGGCUGGGGGAGCUGGGGGAGGCCCUGGCGCUGGUGGACGGGGCCCUGGGGGAGCAGGACGGCUGGCUGCGGACCACCGGGGCCGACGGCCGGGAGCCCCCCGAUCAGGAAGGGCUCAACCUGCUCCACGCAGAGUGUCAGUCCCGAUUGGGACAGGUCGGCGAGCUCGGCGCGCGAUUGGAGCAGCUGUCCGCAGAGGCGGGCUCUCUGGGGGCCACGCCCGCACUCAGAGACACAUCGGUGGUGGUGUCGGCCCACCACUCCUCCACCCUCCAGCAGCUACGCCGCAGAGAGCAGGACCUGGACCAAGGGCUCCAAGCUCUGCUCAGACAGGCGGAGGAGGACCCCGUGGAGGCCCUGGAAGAGCGACUGGGCACGCUCAAAGACGGCGUCACCGACAUCCCCACCACUCAGAGCGCGGUGGAGCGGGCGCAGGUGCUGUGUUUAGAGAUAGAGCAAACCCAAAAGGCCUCGGAUCCAGCUGUGGCCCAGCGAUGGAGUCAGCUGUCCUCCAGGGCCAGGGAUGAGCUGAGCACGCUGCAGUGCAUCCUUGGAAGUUUGAAGGACAAUCAGGUGCGCAUGGUGGAGGUGGAGCGAUGGCUGGACGCUGUACAGGAACUGAUGUCACAGGACGCCACAAAGCAGGGCGAGGCGGAGAGGCUACAGGAAGAGCUGAACCAAUGCAAGGAGUAUGUCAAUGAGAUGGAGUCAGUGGAGAGUUCGUUGAAGCAGAUGAGAGAGAAUGUGUGCGCGGUGCAAGGGGCGGCAGUACCUGGUCUGACCAGCUGGGGGCAGGACAGUCUGGACCAGUGUCAGGCCAGGUGGGACGUGUUCAGCAAACAGCUGCUGAGCCAACAGGAGCGCGUGGCGGAGCGGCAGGAGAGGCAGGUGAACUUGAGCAAGGACCUGGCGGAGAUGCAGGAGUGGAUGGGCCAGGUGGACGAGGAGUUCCUCAUGCGGGACUUUGAGUACAAGAACCCGGAGGAGCUGGAGGCGGCGCUGGACGAGAUGAAGAGGGCUAAAGAGGACGUGCUACAGAAGGAGGUGAGGGUGAAGAUCCUGAAGGACAACAUCAACGCCUUGGUGAGCAGGACGUCGCCCCCUGCUGGUGGAGGCGGACAGGCGCUCACCUCAGAGCUGGACGGCGUGCUGGCCAACUACCACAAGCUCUGUGACCGCUUCAAGAGCAAGAGCCAUACAUUGGAGGAGGUGUGGUCGUGUUGGAUGGAGCUCCUCCAGUACCUGGAGAUGGAGCAGAGCUGGCUGGGCACCCUGGAGACCAACCUUCAGACCACUGAGGAUCUCCCGGAGAGCACCGAGGCUGUCAACCGAGCUCUGGAGUCCCUGGAGGGCGUGCUGCGCCACCCCGGGGACAACCGCAGUCAGAUCAGGGAGCUGGGGCAGACGCUGAUCGACGGAGGCAUCCUGGACGAGCUCAUUAGCGAGAAGCUCGAGGCCUUCAACUCUCGCUACGACCGGCUCAGCCAGCAGGCGGCGAGCCGUCAGCUGGGGCUGGAGCAGCAGCUGCAGACCCUCCAGGACAACGAGCAGGCCCUGCAGGAGCUGCAGGAGGCCCUGGGCCAACUGGACCACACGCUGACCUCCUACCUCACGGACCGGCUGGACGCCUUCCAGCUCCCGCAGGAGGCGCAGAGCAUCGGCGUGGAGAUCGCGGCCCACGAGGCCACGGUGGAGGACAUGAAGAGGAGGAACGUGGCCAACAUGCCCCCCGCCGCCACCGAGGGCAAGGCGGCCCGGAGUGGCACCAUGCUGGAGCAGCUGCAGAGGAAGCUAAGGGAGAUCUCCACCAAGUACCAGCUCUUCCAGAAGCCGGCCAACUUCGAGCAGCGCAUGCUGGACUGCAAGCGGGUGCUGGACGGGGCGCAGGCCGAGCUGCCCGUCCUGGACGCCCCCACCUCCGACCCCGAGACCCUCCAGGCCCACCUCAACGGCUGCAUGAAACUGUACAAGCUGCUGAGCGAGGUGAAGCUAGAGGUGGAGACGGUGAUCAAGACGGGCCGGCAGAUCGUGCAGAAGCAGCAGACGGAGAACCCCAAGUCCAUGGACGAGCAGCUGACGGCCCUCAAGCUGCUGUACAACGACCUGGGGGCCCAGGUGACGGAGGGCAAGCAGGACCUGGAGAAGGCUCUGUCGCUGUCCCAGAAGUUCCACAAGGAGAGCGCCGCCCUGCAGGCCUGGCUGACCACCCACGACGCCCAGCUGCAGCAGAAGAACAGCUCGGGAGACAUGCCCGCCGAGAUCGACGCCGAGGUCGCCUGGGCUAACGGCCUGCUGAAGGAGACGGAGCGGCGCAAGGCGGAGCUGGGCGCCCUGGCGGAGGCGGCGGGGGGGCUGCAGACCCUGGUGGAGGGCGGCGGGGCCCGCCUGGACCAGGAGCUGAGCGGCCUCAACGAGGGCUGGGGCCGCGUGCGCACCUGGACCGAGGACUGGCUCAGCGCCGUGCUGAGCCACCAGAAUGAGGUGGAGAUCUUUGACGAGAACCUGGCCCACAUCAGCACCUGGCUGUACCAGACGCAGAUCCACCUGGACGAGGCCGAGAGACUGCCCUCCGCAGACAGAGAGAGAGUGAUCAAGCGCAUGCUGGAGGAGCUGGCGGAGCUGCGUCUGCGCGUGGACAGCGUCCGGGAGCAGGCGGUGAUCUUGAUGAGCAGCAGGGGGCCGGCCUGCCACGACGUGGUGGAGCCCAAGCUGGCCGAGCUCAACCGCAACUUCGACAAGGUGUCCCAGCACAUCCAGACGGCCCAGAUGAUGAGCAGUCUGGAGAGCAGCGGUGUUGAGAUGAUGAUGCUGCAAUCAUCUCAGCAGCAGCAACAGAAUUUCAUCCAGAGCCAGCAGAGCAGGAUGGAGGUCCAGAGCGCCAGUCAGUCCCAGGUCCCCUCCGGGGGCCCCGGGCGGUCAGAGGGCCCCAGCGAGGUGCUGCACCUCCAGGCCCAGCUCCAGGAUAGCCUGCUGGCCCUGCAGCGGCACCAGGAGCCCGCACAGUCCCUGGAUGAUGACAAGCUGGACGAGGAGAAGGCUGGGGUGGAGGAGCUGCUCCGUCGCGGUGAGGAGGUGCUGGAGCACGCGUCGGACGACACCCAGCGCGAGGAGCUGAGGGUGCUGCUUCUCCGACUGCAGAGCCAGUACUCUGCUCAGAGGGAGCGGAGAGUGCUGCAGGUCAGACAGGUGGACACCUCAGUGGAGUCGUCUUCCACAUACAGCUACACGGAACACAGCAGCGACAUGUCUUCUGAGAUGUCGCCAGUGGAGCGUGCGGCUCCCGCUGGCCCCUCAGCCUCAGACUACCUGCUGGACAUCAACAAGGUGCUGCUGGCCAUGGCCGACAGCGAGCUGCUGCUCAACUCUCAGGAGCUCAGCGGGAGCAACUACGAGGACUUCUCCACCCAGGAGGACACGCUGAGGAACAUAAAGGACGGUCUGGAUCAGCUGGGAGAGCGCGUGGCCACCCUCCACGAGCGCCAGCCAGAUGCCAUCGAGGACGCCAGCCCCGGUGAGGUGGCACAGAUUGGAGACGCCCUCACCCAGCUCAAUGCCGAGUGGGACCGCCUCAACCGCGUCUACAACCACCGCAAGGGAGGCUUCGACCGGGCCGUGGAGGAGUGGCGCCAGUUCCACUGUGACCUGAACGACCUCGGCCAGUGGCUCCGGGACACCGAGGGCCUGAUGGCCGAGGGCACGGGGCCCGACGGACAGCUGGACCUGGACACGGCCGCGCUACACCAGCAGGAGCUGGAGGAAGGCCUCGCCAGCCACCAGCCCGACCUGGCCGUGCUGUCCCGCACGGGGGAGCACAUCAUCGGGCAGCUGUCGGGCCCCGACGGGCCCCUGCUGCAGGACAAGCUGGAGGUCCUUGGCCAGCGCUGGAGGGCCGUCAGCCGCCAGGUGCUGGAGCGGAGGAGGAGGUUGGCUGAAGGUGACUCAGGCGCUCUGGCAGAGCUGGUGAGGAGGAGCGGGGAGCUCUCCCAUUGGCUGCAGGAGGCUGAGCAUGCGGCCGCCUCACUUCCUGAUGGGGCCGCCACGGACAGAAACCUCCAAGAACUCAAGGCCCUGGCUGAGGAGAUGGACGCGCAGAACGAGAGCCUGGCCUGGCUCAACAAGCAUGGUCCUCCCAUCCUGGCCAAUCCCAUCAUGGGCCCCCAGGAGAGGGACAUGCACGUCGCCAAGCUGAGGGCCAUCAACCUCAGCUGGAGCAAGGUGACCCGUGAUUUGAUGGACAAGGCCGGGGAGGCGGAGACUAACAUGCAAGGCCACGCGGUCUUCCAGGACCGCAUGAACCGCCUGACGGACUGGGUCCAGGUCACGCACCAGACCAUCGCGGCCCGAGGCGUCAGCCCCGUCCAGGCGCAGGAGCUAGAGACCUCUAUGAAGGAGCGGAAGAGAGACCUGGAAGACCUGUUGGCUCGCUCCAUAGAGCUGCAGCGGCGACAGCAGCUCCUGCCUCAAGAAAAGGUCAAGGUGGAGCAGCUGGCUUCUGAUUGGAAGGCUCUGGACGUGCGGCUGCGGGAGUCCCUCCAGGCUCCGCCUCCCAGCUCAGCGUGGAUGCAGCAUCACAGCAUGGUCCAGCACCAGCAGCUCGUGUCCUCUGUCCCGUCGGCGUCCCGCCCCGUCCUGGCGGGCGAGGGCCCCCGCCACCAGGCCCCGCCCCACGGCGUGGACACGGUGGCGCCCACCGACCUGAACGUGACGGCCACGGAGCUGGCCGACUGGCUGCUGCUCAUCAGCCAGAUGCUCAAGUCCAACAUCGUGACCGUGGGCGACACAGAGGAGAUCCGGGCCACCAUCCGCCGCCUGCAGGUGACCAAGAGCGACUUGGAGCAGCGCCAUCCACAGCUGGAGGACAUCUUCACCCUGGCACAGAACAUCAAGAACAAGACCUCCAAUCUGGACGUGCGCACGUCCAUCACUGAGAAACUGGAGAAGGUGCGUAGCCAGUGGGACGGCACACAGCACGGUGUGGAGGCCAGGCUUCGGCAGCUGGACAACAUGAUUGGCCACAGCGACCAGUGGGAGGAGCAGAGACUGGAGGUGGCGUCUGUGAUUGGUCACAACGAGGGCCGCUACCAUAGCCUGCUGCAGCACUCCAGGGAGUCACUGACGAAACAACUGACCGAUAAUAAGGCCUUCCUGCAGGACCUGGGUCGAGGCCAGGCCAGCGUGGCAAGCUUCAACGAUCUGUCCAAUCAACUGCUCCGGGAGUAUUCCAUCGACGACACCAGGCGGAUCAAAGAGGUUGCGGACAAACACAACGCCGCCUGGAACGGCAUCAACAACAGGGCGAGCGACCGGCAGGCCCAGCUGGACUGUGAGCUGAAGGGCCUGCAGGGGUCCCUCCGGGAGCUGGAGGCCUUCCUCAAGUGGCUCCAGGAGGCGGAGACCACCGUCAACGUCCUGGCCGACGCCUCGCAGAGGGAGGAGCUCUCCCAGGACCCCGCCCACCUGAAGGAGCUCAGAGCACAGCACGAGGACAUCCAGGCUGAGAUCGAUGCCCACAACGACAUCUACCGCAGCGUGGAGGGGAACAAGUCCAAGAUGGUCAAGGCCCUGGGCAGCUCGGAGGAGGCGGUGUUCCUCCAGCACCGCCUGGACGACAUGAACCACCGCUGGAGCGACCUCAAGACCAAGUCGGCCAACAUCCGGGCCCACCUGGAGGCCAGUGCUGAGCGGUGGUCCCGCCUGCUGGGCCUGCUGGAGGAGCUGUGGCGCUGGAUCUGUGCCAAGGACGAGGACCUGGCCAAGCAGAUGCCCAUCGGGGGGGACGUGCCCACCCUGCUGCAGCAGCAGAACCACUGCACGGCGCUGCUGUCCGAGCUGAAGGAGCGAGAGCACCUGGUGAUCACCACCCUGGACCAGGCGCGCAUGUUCCUGGCCGACCAGCCCAUCGAGGGGCCCGCUGAGCCCCGCAGGAACCUGCAGCCCAAGACAGACCUCACCCCCGAGGAGAAGGCCCGCGGCGUGGCCCGGGCCAUCCGCAAGCAGACGGGCGAGGUGCGGGAGCGCUGGGAGCGGCUGACGGGCCACGUGGGCGGCUGGCAGAGCCAGGUGGAGCGCGCCCUGGAGCGGCUGCAGGAGCUGCAGAGCUCCAUGGACCAGCUGGACCUGCGGCUGACCCGCGCCGAGGAGGCCAAGGAGGGCUGGCAGCCUGUGGGGGACCUGCUCAUCGACUCCCUGCAGGACCACAUCGAGAGGACCACCGCCUUCCAGGAGGAGGUGGCCCCUUUGAGGCAGGACGUGCACGUGGUCAACGAGCUGUCAGCUGACCUCACCCCGCUAGACGUGCAGCUGUCCUCCACCGCCUCCCGCUAGCUCGACCAGCUCAACAUGCGCUGGAAGCUCCUACAGGUACACCUCCAUACCUCCCUACUGCCUCUACAGGUACACCUCCAUACCUCCCUACUGCCUCUACAGGUACACCUCCAUACCUCCCUACUGCCUCGACAGGUACACCUCCAUACCUCCCUACUGCCUCUACAGGUGCUCCACGCUCCACCGUACUGCCACCAGUAUGGUGGAAAUGUCGUGGAAAGAUUGGACGGUUAAAUAGGUGAGGGAAUAAACACUGCAG